AUGAGCUCAAGCGAAGAGGACAAUGUUGAAGUUAAACAAGCUUUGAGUUCUGACGAUGAAGCUUCUGACGACGAGAAACCUUCUCCAUCUUCACCAGUUCCAGCUAGAAAAAGAAAAGUAAGUUUUUGAUUUCCUUUUGUUGUUUUAGGUAUUAAAGUUCGAUCGAGAAGAUGUAGGAGAUACAGAUAAUGUUUUUCUUAGCAGAAAGAAGGUUACGAAAGGGUUUUUCUUGUAAUAUUGAUUGAUUUAUGUUGACAUAGAGGUUUGGGUAUAGCUUUGAGAAAAAAGGUUUUUCGAUUUAAAAUGUGCUUUAAUUUGGACACGUGGUUUGAAAUUGUUAAUAAAUACUACAUCUUUUAGAAAUUUGUGUUUGAGCAUGGCGUGGUUUACACAAAAAAACUUAGUUUUUUAGAUAAAUAACUGUUUUACUUACUGUAACACCUAUUUAGAUCGACAGCGACGACGAUGAAGACAGUGAUGCCAGCGAGGAAAACAAAAACGAUGGAGAAGAAGAAGACGAAGCUCCUCGAAAGAAAUCAAAGUUUGUGAAGGAUUCAGACGACAGUGAUGAAGAAGAAGAGGAGGAAGAGGACGACGAAGAUGAGGAGGAGGAAGAAGAACGCCCAAAACUUUCGAAAAAGAAAAGAAGAAAGCGCAGAACUGUACACGAUUUCAUUCAAGAUGAUGUUGAGGUCGAUGACGACGAAGAAGAAGAGGAGGUUCAGUAUUCUGAUGAAGAUAUUAACUUUGAUCCGAGUGAAAGAAGGCUGGCCGAGAAGGCGCUACGAGAACAGGAGGCAAUGGAAAGGAGGAAGAAUGAUCAGAGGAACAAGCUUGCGUAAGUUUUAUUUUUUUUAAUGUUUAAUGUUUAGGAAAGUCUGAUUGUAUUGUUAUAUUGGACAAAAGCUAUAUUACACUAAAAGAAAAUGGUCAAUCAUUGACAUUUUUUGAUAAGAUUUAGCUGAAAAUGACAAUUUUUACCUAAAAAACAAAAUUUUUAGUAACAUGAGUGAAGAAGAAAUGGCAAAGUACUUCGAGGAGAAACAUGCUAUGGAAAGAGCCACCAAUUACACUAGAGACCAUGACACUUACGAUGAGAUAUCACAGAACUCGUUGUUGCCUACAACACGAGAUCCAAACUUGUGGAUUGUUAAAGUCACUAGGAUUGGGGAAGAGAAGAUGGUCGUGCUUCAGAUGCUGAGAAAGUGUAUUGCUAUGGAGAAUUCGGGAAAUGUAAGAUAUUUUAGGUUUAAGCUUGAUUUUUAGGCUUAAAACUAAAGUUGGAGUUUGAUAAUAAGCUUUAGGCUUACAUUUUUGAGAUUAAAAUUUGUAAAUGACAGAAGUUUAGUGUUUUAGGUAUAAACGUUAUGUUUUAGGCUUAUUAUUUUGUUUUAGCCACUUCACAUCUCAUCGAUCAUUGCUAAAGAAGGCUUGAAAGGCAUGUUGUAUGUGGAAGCCCACAAAAAAGCUAAUGUAGCUAGGCUAAUUGAAGGUGUUUCUGCCGUAAAUCAAUAUGAUAUUAAGGUAAGGGAUAUAUUUUAUUAACAAUAUUUAUUGAGUUACACUACUUUUUACUACCAAUGUUAUAGUAAAUAGCUUAAUAAUGUUAUUUCUUACUUUUUUUGUUGUUUUGUCAACGUUUUUCAAGUUUUCCGAAUUUUCAGAUGGUACCAAUAGAAGAAAUGGUGGACACAUUGAAGGUAGUGAAGAAUAUACCGCAGCUAAGAGUCAACGAUUACUGUCGACUCAAGAAAACAAUGUAUAAAGGCGAUUUGGCACAAGUGGACUGGGUCGAUGUGGCACAGAACAAAAUUUGUUUGAGAUUGUUACCUAGAAUUGACUACAGAAAGAAGAGAGGGGCUUUGAGGGUAUGUUUAAUCUUUUUUGUUUUUAAAUUUUUUGAAAAGGAUUUUUUGAAAUUUUAAAAAUUUUGGGUUUUUUUUGUAAAAUUUUUGAAAUUCCAGUCGAUUCUAACAGUAAUAUUGUAGGAUAUGGACGACGAUGAAGACGAUGACGAAGUCUUUUCUUACCGUAAUGCUCUUUCCAAGAAAUCAGCCAAAAAUCGACCACCAGCCAAGCCUUUCGACGUGGAAAAGAUCAAAUCAUUGGGAGCAGAAAUCUCCCACGACGGUGACUUCACAAUCUGCGAAGGCCAGCGAUUCAGAAGGUUCUUACUCUACAAAGUCUUCCCUCUAACCUCGGUCACCACUGAGAAUCUGAAUCCAUCGGUCGAGGAACUAAAGUACUUCCAAGACAAAUUAUCGACCGAUCCAGACUUUCUACGAGAAAUUUCAAGAGCCAAGAUCAACGAUGUUCUAUACACUUUUGGACCGGGAGACUGGGUGGAAGUGUGUGAAGGAGAAUUGAUCAAUUUGAGAGGAAAAGUGGUUUCAGUCGAUAAGGAUGAAGUUGUCAUAACACCCGACCACAAGGACUUAAAACAAAAUUUGAAGUUCAAUGUGAAUGAGUUGAAGAAGUUCUUCAAGGCCGGUGAUCACGUCAGAGUAUUGGGUGGUCAGCAUCAAGGACUAACUGGUACUGUGGUCAAAGUGGACGAGAAUGCAGUGGUGGUACUAUCGGAUCUUAACCUAGAUGAAAUGAAAGUUCGACCUCACAAUCUGAAGCUAGAUUCACAAGUCUUCAGUGGAGUAGAUCAAAUGGGUCAAUUCCAAUUCCAUGAUUUGGUCAAUUUGGAUGCAGCGACAGUUGGAGUGAUCUUAAGGCUAGAGAAGGACUUUGCUGACGUAUUGUCGAUGAAUAACACAGUACAGAGGGUUAAAAGUGUCAGUAUUCAGCCGAGAAAGUUCGCCGACAAAGGACGAUGCAUGGACAGUUUGGGGAACGCGGUACAGAAGGGGGAUCUGGUCAGAGUUAGCGAAACAGCUAGGAUUGUGAGUUUGAAAUUUAAUUUUGAGGUGGAGUGGGCGGUUUUUUGAUUAAAAUCUAGUUUUUCGAAGGAAAAGUUUUUUUUGGAAUUAAAACAUAAAAAAUGUAGAAUAUACUAGUAGAAUCAUAUACUAAUGCUGUUUUAUUUUUAGCCCGGCUUCAAAGAAGGCGACGAAAUCAUUGGUGAAGUCAAAUACGUCUUCAGAGCCUACCUCUUCCUAACCUCUCGGAAAUACAAAGAAAAUUCUGGUAUCUUCGUGGUUCGAAAAAAUCUGGUCACUUUACUCGGAGCCAAGAACAACUCAUCAAUGGGACCACCAAUGGGCGGCUCAAUCAACCCCGACCUCCUAAAAUCACCCCGCCACAACGCCCAAGCCACAAUGUCCAACGGUGGCCAAACUCCAUCAGUCCAUUCCAGCCAAAUGUCAAGCCGAAAUGGCGGCCAAACCCCAAGACAACAAUCCUUUGUCAGGAAUCAUCAACCACGAAGAGAUAACACGAUUGUAGGCAAAACCGUCAGAGUAAUUAAAGGCCCAAUGAAAGGCUACUUUGGCAUAGUAAAAGACGCCACCGAACACCAAGUACGACUCGAAUUACACGCUCAACCAAAGGUAAUCAAUGUCGACCGAACAAGAAUUGCGAUUGUCAACUCGACCGGUAGCAUCAUCGACCCAUCCUUGGCAUCCGGAGGCUUCACCACUCCCUCAGCCAGAACCCCAAUGGUUUCGGGCGGCAAAACUCCGAUCUAUGGCGCAGGAGCUCAAACUCCAUUGUAUGGAGCUGGUUCACAAACACCAAUGCACGACAGUGUGGGUGGAAGAACUCCCCACUAUGGAGCGGCUACACCAGCCUACGGCGACGGCGGAAAAACACCGAAUCACUCGGCUUGGGACCCAUCCAACGUCACAGCGACUCCAGCUCAUACGGCAUUUGAAGAGGAUUUGGGCGACAAAAACGACUUUUACAGCGCUGCUCAUACACCGGCUUACAGUCAUAGUGGAUGUAAGUGUUUUUAGGCUUAGGAAUGGGGGUUUAGGCUUAAAAAUUGAAUUAUAGGCUUAGAAAAUGAAUUGUACGCUUAAAAAUGAAUUUUAUGCUUAGAAAAUUAGUCUUAGGCUUAAAAAUGAACUUUAGGCUUAAUAAAUGAAUUUUAGUUUUGUGAAAUGAAUUUUAGGUUUAGAAAUGAAUUUUAGGCUUAGAAAUGAAUUGUAAGGUUAUAAAAUGAAUGUUAAGUUUAGAAAAUGAACUUCAGGCUUAGAACUGAAUAUUAGGCUUAUAAAAUGAAUAGUAGGCUUCAAGAUAAAUUUUAGGCUAAAAAAUUAACUUUAGGCUUAGAAAACAAGUUUAAUGCCAAAAAAUUAACUUUAGGCUUAAGAAUUUUAUACUUGUCUGCCUUUUGUCUGUUCACAAAUCUCUUGUCAUAGCCGUUUUGGCAAUAUUUUCACAUGGUCGACCAAUAUAAACGUUUAUCGAAAGACGUUUUUUUGCAAAUACUUUUUGGUCGAGUAGCAAAGAAACACCAAAAACGGAAAUGAAAAGAACAGAAAAGCUUAAAAAUGUGAUGUUAGAGUGCAGUAGGUUAAAUAUAAGGGAAGGAGGUGGCUUUCUGCUUACUAUGUGAUCAUAUUAUUGGAGGAGUUGGGGGUGUAUUUUUAGGUGUUGAGGGAGGAGCGGGGGGGUUGUUUUUCAAACAACACCAGGUCUAUGAGUGUCAUAUUUAUUAUAUUUUAUUUUGUUUUUAAAACUGAAAAUUCGACAAAAUUGUCACUUCAGCUCAUACGUACGGUAACGCAUCGACACCAGCAAGAGAAUCGAAGAUGUAUUCAGAAUUCUCGGCCACAUCGCCAUACCCACGCAGCAAUUACGAUGUUUAUUCGGAACGAUCAGUAGGAACGGCUGGAGCGGCACCGACAAAAAUUUGUAGGUUUUUUUUUGUUUUAAGAGUGAAGUCUUAGGCUUAAAAAUGAAUUUUAGGCUUAAAAAUGAAUUUUAGGCUCAAAAAUGAAUUUUAGGCUUAAAAAUGAAGUCUUAGGCUUAAAAAUGAAUUUUAGGCUCAAAAAUGAAGUCUUAGGCUUAAAAAUGAAUUUUAGGCUUAAAAAGUGAAGUCUUAGGCUUAAAAAUGAAUUUUAGGCUUAAAAAUGAAUUUUAGGCUUAAAAAUGAAUUUUAGGCUUAAAAAUGAAGUCUUAGGCUUAAAAAUGAAUUUUAGGCUCAAAAAUGAAGUCUUAGGCUUAAAAAUGAAUUUUAGGCUUAAAAAUAAAUUUUUGGCUUAAAAAUGAAUUUUAGACUUAAUUACGUUAAUUCUUUAAUUUUCAGCCGAAGCCGUUUUAUUCAAAGGUGACUGGUGUCAGCCCGACCUAAUGGUCAAAGUAAGAGAUACGUAUGAAGAUGAUGAAGUAAAAGAGCAAAUCGGAACGAUUACAAGAAGAUUCGACGGAGAGUGUCAAUGCUACUUUGAGGAAUUGGAGUUUACGUCUGGAUCGGCCGACAGAAACAUUCCAUUUAGGUUUUUGGAGCCAGUCCCACCUAAUAAGGGAGAUAAGGUAGGGUAUUUUUUUAGGUAACAGUUUGUGAUUUUUAGAAACAUUUCAGAGCUAAAAUAGGGAUUUAGGCUUAAAAAUUGCUUAAAAUAUAUUUAUGUUUCAGAAAUUGAAUUUUAGGCUUAAAAAUUAAAAAAAAAUUUAGUAUUUUAUUAAUUUUUCAAUUUUAGACAAAAAUCAUCUACGGUGACGGAAGCGGCAAAUCCGGUGUUCUGGUAUCGGAAGACGGCGACGACAAGGUGGUGCGACUGGACGACACCGCCAUUAAACUCACAUACGCGGAGAACCUAUGCAAACUGGCCUAG